AUGGCAAGUAAAAUGUUAAACGGUUUGUAUAAUUCUAUUCAAGAAAUUCGUGAUAACAAUUUUGAGGAUUUAUUAAAAAAUGCAAAAAAUACUGCUAUCGAAAUGGAACUGUCACCCGAAUUUCUAGAAAAACGAAGGCAUAAAAUAAAACAUAUGGAUGGAGAAGAAGCAAUAAAUGAUGGUGCAACAUCCAUCCACGCCAAAAUCAAAAAUGAUUUUUACAUGGCAGUUGACUCAAUCUUAUCGAGUUUAAAAUGGCGAUUUAAAAGAAUGACUAUUUUAUCCAAUGACUUUGAAUUUUUAUGUGGAAGAAAGCUAUCGUCAAUGGAUUUUGAUGAAAUUAAAAAAUGGACUAACGAUUUAGCAAUCAAAUACGACAAGGACCUCAACGGAUUCGAGUUUUGCUCUGAAAUGGAAUGUUUUAAACACCAGGCUUCUGCAUUGAUGACCGAUUUCAAAAUGGCUGCACCGAUUGAUUUAUUAAAAUUUAUUCAUAAACAAAACUUACAAGAUAUUUAUCCUAACAUAGAAAUAGCGUUAAGAAUAUUUCUCACUAUUCCAGUAACAACUGCUAGUUGUGAAAGAAGUUUAAGUAAACUUAAACUAAUAAAAAAUUACUUAAGAUCAACUAUUGGACAAGAGAGACUAACAAGCAUGGCAAUUUUAUCCAUAGAACAUGAAUUUGCUAGGCAAAUUUCAUAUGACGAAAUCAUCGAUGAAUUCUCUAGCCUUAAAGCAAGAAAAGAAAAUUUUUAA